AAUCAAAUGUCAAACUCUCUAUAAGAACACAACAGAAUAAAUUUUAUGUUCAAAUUAAAUUAAGUAAUUCAAAUAAAUUUUAAUUUAUUAUCAAAUAAAAAACAUAAAAACCAUAUAAAAAUAUGCCUGAGGACCGAGACUACCUCCUGGCACUUGAAAUGCAAAAAAAAUGGAACGACGAACUACCAGACAAUGAUAUCUUCGAAAUCCCGGACAAAACGCCGCCAAAACAAAAACCAAAACAUCAGGAAGGUAAAUACCGCUCAAAUCUAGAUGCAGACUUUCUAAAUCGUACUGACAACCUCGUCCAUCCGCAAUGGGAGACCCUCGAUCCGACUCCAGAUUCACAUGCUCUUUUUCGCGCCUUCGAUGAUAAAUUCUUCAACAAGAAACUGCGUUGCGUCACGUUGGAAUGGAGCAAGCGGAUGUACAGCUGCGCUGGCAUCUGCUACUCCAGGAGAAAUGGAUUAGGAAUGGCCAUCACAAUACGACUCAGUGAACCGCUCCUGAAAUUGCGCUCGAGGAAAGAUCUUGUAGAAACGAUGUUGCACGAAAUGAUUCACGCCUACUGUUUUGUCUUGGGAAUCCGAGAGGGAAACGGUGGACAUGGCCCAAACUUCAAGAAAAUCAUGCAUGGAAUCAACCAAGUUGCAGGAACAAACAUCACCGUCUACCAUACGUUCCAUGACGAAGUGAAUGUGUACAAGACUCACUGGUGGCGAUGCAAUGGCAGCUGCCAGCAUCGUUCGCCGUUCUUCGGCUAUGUUAAGCGCACUUCCAAUCGAGCACCUGGACCAAAUGACUUCUGGUGGGGCCAGCAUCUCAAUUCUUGUGGUGGCACAUUCAUGAAGAUCAAGGAACCUGAAAAACCUGCCAAGAAGACUAAACAACCUAAAUCAAAAGCUAUCGAGGCCAAUAAUGUGAAAUCAUAUCAGCCGAAGGCGAAGCCGAACAACACCGAUCUCAGGAAGUUCUUCCCUCCCUCUGGAACUGCGCCACGCAUUGCUGGAGGAGCAAUAAAGAGUAAUGGCGGUGGUACGUUACUUCUGAAUCCUAAAACCAAGCCAGUGAGUUCCACGGUCACGUCAACUCCUCCAAGUGAACCUCCCAAACCUCAAGUUCGCAGCCAAGGAAACCUCAAAAACGUCGUUGGAUUCAAGGAUUUAGGAGAAGACGGUGCACCGCGGACUCCAAAAGCUCCACCAAGGGAAUUUUCCAUGACUGGAAAGGGUUAUUCUCUGACCACCUCAGGAUCUUGCAGUGACCUAAGCCAGGUUGACAGGGAAGUCGAUAGAAAUCAUCUGCGGAAUGUCUGGCUGAAGAGAUUCGGCAGUACUCCCAGCCUCACCGAACACGCCAAGAAAUCCGAAGACCCCGAUAAAGAUGAUGUGUCGGGCGGCAACGCCAAACGCCGACGUCUUUCCACACCCGCAGAUGCGUCCAAUGAAGUUGCCUUUGUUGCAGAUGAAGCUACACCGAAGCCUGAUUGGGAGGUCAUUGACGAUGAUGUCAUGGUUCAGGAAGUGAAGAAUACCGUCAUUGAUAUAUCGUCCUCAUCCGAUGAGGAGGAGGGUGGUGGUGAUUCUGGUGAAGCUCCUCGCAAGGCAAUGGUGUUCGCCGAUGCCGAUGCCCGACAGAAGCAAAUCAAGAAGGAAAUUCUCGAUGAGAGCAACGAUCUGUCCGAUGGGAACGAUGAAGACAUUGUUCUCAUUGACGACGAGUACGACGACAAUGCGCUAUCCACGUCCGUUGAACUGGCCGACACAUCGCUGGUGGACGAUUUGUUCGGGGAGGACACUCUCCUAAAGGAGUUCAAAAACGAGAAUGCUGUGAUGCCCUCCUGCUCACGCUACUCCAAAAAUCCCCAGAAUGACAUCAUCACGUGUCCCAUCUGCCAGGAGAAGAUGAAGCGCGAGAACUUCUCCGAACAUCUCGACGGCUGUGUGGGAAUAGUUGUCAAAAUUGAAUAUGGCAAGAAUAAGAAGAAUGCUAAGCCGAUAAGGGCGAAAAGUUCCACACCGAAAAAGAAGUCGUCAUCGCUUUCGUCGUCGACAUCGACGUCUAGGAAAUCAUCGAAGACUACGUCGAAGUCGAGGGAGAUUCUUCUGUCUGCCGGCUACACAGAGGAGGAUCUGGACAAUCUUCCAACACUAAGUGAGGAAUCAACCCUCAACGACAGUCCAACUACUGAGGAUGAUUUGAAUUUAAGCGAGAGACACAGACGCUCGAAUGGAUUGUACACGCAGACUCGGCCAUGUCCCGCGUGUUGUCAGGAAGUGGACAUUGAAAAAAUCAAUGAACACCUCGAUGAGUGCUUGGAAAAUGAUUAAGAAAAAUGUUGUUUUUGUGCUAACUGUUUUUUUUUCUGUGAAGGAUCUCCGUUAAGUUUUUUCUUAUGAUUAUUAUUUUUAUGUGGAACAACGCUUUUUAUUUGUCAACUUAUGUAUGUUAUUGCAUUUAUAUUUUUUUGAUGUUUUGAGAAAUACACAAACAAAUAAAUUAUACUAAACUUGGAAAAA